CGCCGCGAUAGGGGCGGAAGCGGCGGCGGCCGAGCUAUUGCAGCUGCUGGUGCCUAUCCCGCGGUCCUGGGCAGCCCGGGGCAGCCUGUGCCACCUGGCCAGCGCUCUGAGGAAGAAAUGGGCUUAUUGACCACGAAGCAAAUCCUGUCUUAUUGGGUAUCUUUACUGAAGAACCAGGUGGGAGGGAGCAGCUGUGUGUGGCGCUUCCCAUCUGUAACCCCAGCAUUCUGGAGACAGAGGCAGGAGGAUUGUCAACAGUUAAGAAUUCUCCAAAACAAUGGCAACACCUCGAGGGAGGGCAAGGAAGAGAGGCUCUUUGGAGCUUUCUGCGGAUAGCCUGCCUUUGAGGAGCUCCGGGAGGCAGGCAAAGAAGAAAGCAGUAGAGACCACAGAUGAGGAUGAAGACGGUUCAUCGGAAAAGAAGUACAGGAAAUGCGAAAAGGCAGGCUGUACGGCAAUGUAUCCGGUGUGCUUUGCAAGUGCUUCUGAGAGAUGUGCCAAAAACGGCUACACCUCCCGAUGGUAUCACCUUUCCUGUGGGGAACAUUUCUGUAACGAAUGCUUUGACCACUACUACAGAAGCCACAAAGAUGGAUAUGACAAAUACACUGCAUGGAAAAGAGUGUGGACCAGCAAUGGCAAGACAGAGCCGAGCGUCAAGGCAUUCAUGGCAGACCAGCAGCUGCCCUACUGGGUACAGUGCACAAAACCAGAGUGUGGAAAGUGGAGGCAGCUUACCAAGGAAAUACAGCUUACUCCACACAUGGCAAGAACUUACCGCUGUGGCAUAAAACUAAAUACUAUUACCAAGACUGACAUCCCUGAUCAUUGUUCUCUCCCCGAGGAUCUAAGAGUGCUGGAAGUUUCCAACCAGUGGUGGUACUCCAUGCUUAUCCAGCCUCCUUUGCUGAAAGACAGCGUGGCUGCACCACUGCUCUCUGCCUACUACCCCGACUGUGUUGGAAUGAGCCCCUCCUGUACCAGCACAAACCGUGCCACAGGCACCACCACCAGCAGUGCCAGCCCAGAGAAGAUGGAGCCCUCCAAGGUGGCCUCCUCUCCACUUGUUGUAGGCAUGAACUGGUACUUCCAGCCAUUUUACCAGCCCAAUGAGUGUGGUAAAGCUCUGUGUGUGAGACCGGAUGUGAUGGAGCUGGAUGAGCUUUAUGAGUUUCCAGAGUACUCUCGAGACCCCACCAUGUACCUGGCUUUGAGAAACCUCAUCCUCGCUCUGUGGUACACAAACUGCAAAGAAGCUCUUACCCCUCAGAAGUGCAUUCCCCACAUCAUCGUCCGGGGCCUUGUGCGCAUUCGCUGCGUUCAGGAAGUGGAGAGGAUUCUUUACUUUAUGACGAGGAAAGGCCUCAUCAACACAGGAGUUCUCAUCGUGGGAGCCGGCCAGCAUCUUCUUCCUAAACACUACCACAAUAAAUCAGUUCUGGUUGUUGGGGCUGGUCCAGCAGGCUUAGCAGCUGCUAGGCAACUACACAACUUUGGGAUGAAGGUGACUGUUCUGGAAGCCAAAGAUCGAAUUGGAGGCCGAGUAUGGGAUGAUAAGUCUUUCAAAGGCGUCGUAGUGGGAAGAGGACCCCAGAUUGUCAAUGGCUGCAUUAAUAACCCAGUAGCACUAAUGUGUGAGCAACUUGGCAUCAGCAUGCAUAAGUUGGGAGAAAGAUGUGACUUAAUUCAGGAAGGUGGACGGAUAACUGACCCCACUAUUGACAAGCGCAUGGAUUUUCAUUUUAAUGCUUUCUUGGAUGUUGUCUCUGAGUGGAGGAAGGAUAAGACUCUGCUCCAAGAUGUCCCUUUAGGAGAGAAGAUAGAAGAGAUCUACCGAGUGUUUGUGAAGGAAUCUGGCAUCCAGUUCAGCGAGCUGGAGGGCCAGGUGCUGCAGUUCCACCUGAGUAACCUGGAGUACGCCUGUGGCAGCAGCCUGCAGCAGGUGUCUGCUCGCUCCUGGGACCAUAAUGAAUUCUUUGCCCAGUUUGCUGGUGACCAUACUCUUCUAACUCCUGGAUACUCCACUAUCAUUGAAAAACUGGCUGAAGGACUGGACAUUCGCCUCAAGUCUCCGGUGCAGAGUAUAGAUUAUACUGGAGAUGAAGUACAAGUUACCACGACAGAUGGUAUAGGGCAUUCUGCACAAAAGGUAUUAGUCACUGUACCAUUGUCCAUACUGCAGAGAGGUGCCAUCCAGUUUAAUCCACCAUUGUCAGAGAAGAAGAUGAAGGCCAUCAACAGCUUGGGCGCAGGCAUCAUUGAAAAGAUUGCCUUGCAGUUUCCAUAUAGAUUUUGGGACAGUAAAGUUCAAGGGGCUGACUUUUUUGGUCAUGUUCCUCCCAGUGCCAGCCAGCGAGGGCUCUUUGCUAUAUACUACGACAUGGACCCUCAGCAGCAAAGUGUACUGAUGUCGGUGAUCACAGGGGAGGCAGUUGCAUCCCUCAGGACCAUGGAUGACAAGCAGGUGUUGCAGCAGUGCAUGAGGAUCCUUCGGGAGCUGUUCAAGGAGCAGGAAGUCCCAGAUCCCACCAAGUAUUUUGUCACACGGUGGAGCACAGAGCCAUGGAUCCAGAUGGCAUAUAGUUUCGUCAAGACAUUUGGAAGUGGUGAGGCCUAUGACAUCAUUGCUGAAGAGAUACAAGGAACUGUCUUUUUUGCUGGUGAGGCAACAAACAGGCAUUUCCCACAAACUGUUACAGGAGCAUAUUUGAGUGGUGUUCGAGAAGCAAGCAAGAUUGCAGCGUUUUAAAAAGAACACAUCUGGACCUAGCUUUCUUCUGUGUCCCAAAUGGAAAAGUUUGAAACACAAAUAAGAGAGAGGGGACUCUGUAUAGUAAAAUUGAAAUGUUUCUAUGGUGAUAGGAAAAUGUAAACACAUUUCAUUCUUCUGAAAUCACUGACCCUCAAAAUCCUUCUAGGCACUUAUACUUUAUUUUUCCAUAGGCCCAAUUAGUGCUAAGUCCUGUGGUUUUCAGAAGUGGCACAGUAUACCCUAACACUGAGACCCUGGUUCGGGUUGGGAGUUCCCUUCAUACUGGACAUUCUAGUUGGCAGAUUACUUUUCAUAUAUUGUGAAACCAAGUAAUACAGCAGGAGUCACUAGCAAACUUAGAGAAAGCCAUGUGUUUUUCUGUGACAAUUUAUCAGUACCUUUACCAAUGAGCCUUAAUAUUUUUACACAACUCCGAUCUUCAGGCUUUCCUUAAAAUUUUCAAUUCUUUUUUUGAUACAGCAACUUGAAAGUAUGACAUGAAGCUUCUAGGCUUUUUUAUACUACAUAUAUUUCUUUUCAUUGGGUAUUCAAAACUUAGAUUCAGGUAUAUUUUGAUAUUUUAGAUCUGUGCUCUCAUCAGAAACACAAGACUCAAAAUCCCUUAACUGUGAGUGAAUGUUUUCACACUAUAAAAACAUUUUUGGGGCGGGUAGCACACUUGAAAUUUGGCAAAUAUCUUCAGUGUCUAAUAUUUUAUAUAGUUUACAUUAUGUUUCCCAUAGGCAGGUCCACUGGAAAACUGCAGAAAAGCUUAGUUAUCUUGGUACAUAGCACAUACUUUAUAAGCCAUAUGUUAAAAGUCUAAACAUGGCAAAACUUUUCCACUUAAAGAUUGUUUAAUAAACAUGGGUUUCAGGGUCUUUUGGAUACCUAUUCUGCCAAGAAACUUCAGUUGACAAAUUAGAAAUAUGCUUUUGUUUUAAAAAGUCUUUGAAUUACAUUAUCUGCUUUUAAAAGGGAGCUACAAAGGACUUUAAAGCCACUUUUUGAAAUAUUAGGUAUUUCUGAAAUUCAAAAUUAGCUUGUUUAAAGAUCUUAUAUAAAGAAUGUACAGUGAAGUGAGCUCUAGACAGCAUAGACACCCUCCCUGUCAAAGUGUGAUACAAACCAGUAACUACAUAUUUAAAGUUAUUAUUCACUGUGCUUACAGGUUAUUUGUUGAGACUCAUUGGUACUGAUAAGGGAAGUAUUCUGCUUUAAAGUGUAAGUAAUUAAAAUGUUUAGCAUGUGUGAAGUGAUAAAUGCAAAAUGUUAAAAUUUCAGUCUAAGUUAUUUAGUUUCUAGGCACUUGUGCUUAUAUUAUGACAUUUCAUAUAAAUGUGUAUUUAAUUUUUCUCCCUUUUUCAGGUGACAACUUAAUUUCAUAUUUUGUUCUACAGGAGCUCUGGUACUUUUGAGUUGCUAUGCUUUUCAACCUCUUAAGAUUUUUGUUAAUGAGAGCCGGGCAAUGGUGGUACAUGCCUUUAAUCCCUGUGAGUUCAAGAGGUCAGCCUGGUCUACAGAGUGAGUUCCAGGACAGCUAGGGCUGUUUCACAGAGAAACCCUGCCUCAAAAAACCAAAAAAAAAAAAAAAAAAAAAAAAAAAGUUAAUGAGCAGAAUUAGUGAUUUAAUUACACGUCACAAAUAACUGGUUAUGUAAAACUGCUUAAUAAGAACUUUUGCAAAUUCCCUUAAUAAAUGGUUAUAGCAUCACUGUCAA